AUGUCUUGGAGCUGCCAUACGAUCUGCCUGCUGCUAUGGCUGCUGCUACUCGGAUCAGCUGCAUCUGCAUCUGCAUCGGAGCAGUCCACGACGGGCACAACGCCAGCAUCGCAGCUGCUGAAACAGUCGCAGAAUACGUUCGUGCAAUGGGUUCUGUCGUUGUUGCCACAGCGACCGGGAGCUGCCACAGAAACCGCCACGUUGGCCACACUGAGCAGCUCGGCCACAGCAGCCACUGAGAAGCCAGCGAUUGCAUCCUCCACCACAAGCACCACCGCAGCACCCUCUGUGAGUACCAGCACCACUCGCAGGGCUACAACACCCGCACCGCCAACCUUGAAUCCACCGCGGAAUUGCAGUGAUUGUGUCUGCGGAGUGGCCAACAUUCAGAAGCGCAUUGUUGGUGGUCAGGAGACCGAGGUGCAUCAGUAUCCCUGGGUUGCCAUGCUGCUGUACGGCGGACGCUUCUACUGUGCCGGCUCCCUGCUCAACGAUCAGUUUCUGCUGACGGCCUCGCACUGUGUCUAUGGCUUCCGCAAGGAGCGUAUUUCGGUGCGUUUGCUGGAGCACGAUCGCAAGAUGUCGCAUCUGCAGAAGAUUGAUCGCAAGGUCGCGGAGGUCAUCACGCAUCCAAAGUACAAUGCACGCAACUAUGACAACGACAUUGCCAUCAUCAAGCUGGAUGAGCCAGUGGAGUUCAAUGAGGUACUGCAUCCCGUGUGCAUGCCCACACCUGGACGCAGUUUCAAGGGCGAGACGGCCAUUGUCACCGGCUGGGGUGCCCUUAAAGUAGGUGGCCCCACCUCUGAUACCCUGCAGGAGGUGCAGGUGCCCAUUCUAUCACAGGACGAAUGCCGCAAGAGUCGCUACGGCAACAAGAUCACGGACAACAUGCUCUGCGGUGGCUACGAUGAGGGCGGCAAGGAUUCCUGCCAGGGCGACAGCGGCGGUCCCCUGCACAUUGUGCCCAAUGGCACGCGGGAGUAUCAAAUAGCCGGCGUUGUCUCCUGGGGCGAGGGCUGUGCCAAGGCCGGUUAUCCAGGCGUCUAUGCCCGAGUCAAUCGCUACGGCACCUGGAUCAAGAAUCUCACCAAGCAGGCUUGUCUGUGCCAUCAAGAGACCAAGAAGAUCAAGUAGCUCGCACUGAACUCAACUUUCUAAUUGUAAGGCACACACAGGCAGAAAUAUACUCUAAGAACUCAUUGCACCCAUUUGAUCAAUACUUCAACCAACAUAUCUAUAUAAUCUAUAGCAACGAUUGAACGAAAUUACAGUUUUUGCUAGCGAAAACUUUUUGUUUCGUUGAACAUCGUUCGAAAGAUUAAAAAAAUACACAAAAUCGAUGGAA